AUGGCAGAAUUUCAAGAGAAUAAAGCCAAAGCAAAUCUCGCUCUCAAAGCGCUAGCAAUGUGGUUUUUGCUGUUCGCAUCUGUCUUGUUGGCAGAAUACGUCGUGACUUCGAUCGAAUUUGAGCAACAAGGGACCGACAGAUGUUCCCAUCCUCCCUGUCCUUUUCGCCCAUCUUGUCGCUGCCCUCCCUGUCCAAAAUAUCCAAUCACAUCAGCGAAUGGGCGUUGCAAAAGUGGUUGGACUUACUACAAGGAGACUGAUGCUUGUUAUAAGACUUUCUUCUGGGCAACCUUCGACGAUGCUGAGAGACGAUGUGAGAGUUAUGGAGGGCAUCUAACAUCUGUCCACAGCGAUGACGAGAACGAUUUUAUAAUCGAGAUGUCACACACGGGUUACAACAGGACCGCGCAUAGAAUGUUGACCUGGAUUGGUUUGAGGCAAGCGGAUUAUCCAAAAAGCAAGGAUUGGACGUGGACUGAUGGCACCAACGUUGACUUUCUACCGUGGGCUCCGACUGAGCCAAAUAAUGCAAACGGAAACGAACGCUGCGCACAGGUGCACAGUGAUCAUGGUGCCGAAGAUGCGGAUCCAUUUGGAAAGUGGAAUGACAUAUAUUGUGAUCACACAAUGAGAUCGUAUGUGUGCAAGAAAAUGGCGAUGCACUAGAGCAACUCGCAUGCAUUUGAUUGAUGUUUUACAGUAAAUGUAUUUUUUCAUUCCAAUGCAAACCUGAUGAUC